CACAUAACUGAUGCAAAUGGACACAUGCAAGACGCGGGAUGUAAACACUAGCAUGUAGACACAUAGAUAAGCGUCGGAACUCUAUCCACAGCAGUAGCCUUUCCGCAAGAAAAUAUGGCCGACAACAACAAGGGCGACCAAGUUGCACCUGGCGAAAAUACGGAAGAUGCGGCUGCUUCAGAGCAUGUUGACGAAGAAGAUCCGGUGUCAGAAAGUCCGGAGAUAGAAGUUGUACCACCAUUGAAAGCUCCACCGGAAAAUCAGUGGUAUCAUGGUCGUCUGGACCGUCAGACUGCAGAGCGCCGACUCUUGAUGCGUGAGACCCUGGGCGACUAUCUCAUCCGAGAAAGUGAGAGCAAACUGGGCAGCUAUGUGCUCUCGUACUAUGGGAAGACUGGAAUUAAUCAUUUCAGGAUCACAGCCAUGUCUGGUGAUUUCUACAUCGGGGGUCGCCAGUUUGACACGCUGUCAGAUCUUAUUGGCUACUACACCUCAGUAUCCUACCUUCUUAAAGGGGAACAGCUAGUCACACCAGUUCCACCACCAGAGCCUGUAGAUGACCGAAGGAGGGUGAUAGCUGUUUUUCCUUAUUGCAAGAUGCAAGAUACAGAUGAACUUAGCUUUGAGAAGGGGGACAUAUUCGUGGUAAAUAAUGAGAUGGGUGAUGGCUGGCUGUGGGUGUGGUCACAAAGGACUGGGGAGGAGGGACAGGUGUACGAGGAACUUGUCGAGGAUCUGAAUGGAAACAUAGACCCAGUGGAGAGCCUGCCAUACUUUCAUCCAAACAUCACCAAAGAUGAAGCAGUAAAAAAACUGAGACUAGCUGGUGCGGACAGUUUCCUGGUGCGUCCAAGUGACAUCUCGCCAGAGAACUACACACUGUUCUUUUUGACCCUUGGUAAACAACAUGAUUAUGUUGUUCAGCGCUUCAAGAUGGAGAAGGCUGGACGACAGCUUGUCAUGGGCGGCAGAUACUUCGAUGAUAUGGAUGCCAUCAUUCGUCGCUAUCAAAAGGAGGAAAUAGUUGAGGGACACACUCUAGUCACACCUGUCAACAAGGACACGGCAGAUCUGCCGCUGAAAUGGCCUAUUCUCAAACAGUUGGAGCACCAGAACUCUGCAGAGGACAUCUACGCCAGCAUCCGACUGAGCACCGGGCCCAACAGACUCAUGGGCCGCCAGGACCGCAUCGAGCGCACUGGAUAUAUACAGAAGAAAAGCAAUAAAAACAAAAGGUGGAAGAGCUUCUAUUUCAUCCUCAACGGCAGCAACAGAGAACUUUGCUUCUUUGAAAAUGAGAAGCGCUCUAAAUCAAAAGGCUUGAUAGACUUGAACUACAGUGAGUUGUAUCCAGUGGAUGAUAGCUUCUUUGGCAGGCCCAACUGCUUUCAGCUGGUCACCAAUGCCUUGCAGCAUUACCAGAUCUACUACCUGUGUGCUGACAACGCUGACCUGGCAACGACGUGGAUCAACAGUCUGAAGGAGCACUGUGUGAACACCCAGAUGACACGCAUCCAGAAGCGCUCCACGGUCCUCAAGGAGCUGCGCAGCCUGUCAGUGCAGGUUAAAGAGUGUCGCAACAUGCCCACCAAGGUCCUCUCACACCCGUACUGCGUGAUCACACUGAACAACGUAAAGGUGUGCCGCACCCACGACCUUUCUGAUCUCAACAACCUUUACUGGGGAGCAGAGUUCACACUCGAUGAUAUUCCUGGUGAUGUAAGCUUCUUUGCCGUGAAGAUUUUUAACACAAGACGAUCCAAAGACCCUGAAAUAGCGAGUGUGACGAUACCGCUGCUAGACUUUGACAAUGGGAAGCUGGUGGACGAGUGGUACACGCUGACCCCCUACGCCCCUACUGCAUCCAGGGACAUGGGCUCUGUGAGACUGUGUACCCGAUACAUCCACCAAGUCAUCAUGCCCAUUGAGCAGUACACCAGUCUCAGGACUUUGAUUCUCAAUGAUUUCGGGAAUAUUCUCAACCUGGCUAACGUGUGUGAGAGUGAUCGAGUUUCGCUGGCGAAGGCACUACUCAAUUUAUUUCGACAUGAACGUCAAGUUAGCAUUCUCUUGAAAAACAUCAAUGACUACUACAUAGCCAAAGAAGAUAGUGUGUCGACUCUGUUUCGCGGUACGACACUGGCCACUACGUUGAUGGACCAGUACAUGAAGAUGGUGUGUACAGAGUUCGUGCAGGAGGCACUCAGGUCUCCGGUCUGCAAGAUCUGUGAGAGCAGACUCAACUGUGAGAUAAACCCACAAUUACUGGACAAUCAUUCAGAGCUCCAUGGCAACACAGAACACUUCCUGGACUUCCUUAAGGACAUUGUGGAGAGCAUUUUCAAGUCAGCAGAAAAAUGUCCUAGGGUAUUACGGUACAUAUUUGGGAGUUUGCAGAGAACAGUCUCAGCAAAAUGGCCUGAUGAAGAAGGUGUGAAAACCAGGGUAGUCAGUGGGUUUGUGUUCUUACGUCUGCUCUGUCCGGCAAUAAUCAACCCAAAGUCAUUCAACCUGGUCACAGAUACUCCCUCAGAGACAGCCAUUCGGACGUUAAAGCUCAUAGCCAAAGUCCUCCAGACCCUGGCAAACCUUAUGGAAUGUAAGGAGACGUUCUUGACGGUUGUUAACCUCUUCAUUAAGAACCACAAGGCCCGUAUGGUAGACUUCCUGAAUCAGCUCUCUAUAACUGAGGCCUGCGUGGAGGUCCAUGAUGCUGCCAUUGGGGAUCUGUCCCGUGACUUGGCCACCAUACACCAGCUGUGUGCCACUCACCUAGAGGAUCUCAGGCGCCUUUCAGACUCACAGUCUCAGAACAACCUGAAGAAAUUGAUAGCAGUGACUGACAUUGCUACAAAUCAUAAAAAGCAAUACAUGGGAGACAAUACUUGAUGCAGCAUUUGUCUCCCUUGUAGCAAGUCUCUCAAUGUCAUGCUCCAGGAGUCCUCAUAAAUGACCUGGCAGCAUGACCUUUGACCUGUCUCAAUGUACACUGACCUCUAGCUGACCUCUGCAAUAUUCGCUAACCUAGGACUUGUACUAUGGUGUCCUGUCUGAGAGACCUAUCUAUUAAUUGUUAAGUCUGACCUGGUCCUUUAUGGAGUCUAAUGUGGUCUGUGUUGAGUCUGACCUUCUUUGCUGAGUCUGACCUCAUCCUGUGUUGAGUUUGACCUGGUUAUGUGUUGAGUCUAGCCUGGUUAUCAGUUGAUUCUGACCUGGUCCUGUGUUGAGUCUGACCUAAUUAUGUGAUUAGUCUGACCUGGCACUGAGUUGAGUCUGACCUGGUACGUUGUUGAGUCUGACCUGGCACUACAUAGAGUCUGACUUGGUACAGUGAUGGAUAUGACCUGGCCAUACAUUGAGUCUGACCUUGGCAUUGUAUGCACAAAGGUCAGUGUCUCUUGCAUAUACUGGUUGAUAACUUUCUGGGGGGGAACUUCAGCGUUCAUAGAACAAACCAAGAUGGGACCCCAGACAGGUUUUCAACCAUUAUUCAUAAUUUUUGGGCUACUUGCCUGCAUAAUGAUUAUUUUAAAUGCUUAAUAAUGUGUUGUGGGCUGUGUUAUUAUUUAAACCAAAGCAAAUUGGCAGCUGAAAUAUGUGAUGAAGGCCAGCAUUCUCUAACUAGAUAUUUGGUAAAUAUCAAAAACUUUCUUGACAAAACGUUUUAAUCAUAUUUGCACAAAGCCCAUUCAGGUGAACACAGACUUAUUUUAAGGAUAUAAAAUGAUUUGAGAUGGUUUGUACAGCAACUUGAUAACUAAUUACCCUCUCCUGUUCACUGAAAGUGAGGACCUAGUCUCCACAAAAUUGUUUGAGAAAGAUGUCUACCUCUUGUUUGUAUUAUGUACUUGUUUCAUGUUGGUGCUAACUGCAAAACAAUCAUAAAUGUUGGAUGACAACUUGACUUUCAUAACUGCAUAUUGUUGUUCAUUAUUAAUGUUCAUUAUAAUCUGAAACAUAAUAUUUGAGCCUGGCUCUUGGAAAAUAGGACUUAAUGCAUGUGCAUUAGUCCCAGAUUAUCAGUACAGGACUUAAUGCAUGUGCAGUAGUCCCAGAUUAUCAGUACAGGACUUAAUGCAUGUGCAGUAGUCCCAGAUUAUCAGUACAGGACUUAAUGCAUGUGCAGUAGUCCCAGAUUAUCAGUACAGGACUAAAUGCAUGUGCAUUAGUCCCAGAUUAUCAGUACAGGACUUAAUGCAUGUGCAGUAGUCCCAGAUUAUCAGUACAGGACUUAAUGCAUGUGCAGUAGUCCCAGAUUAUCAGUACAGGACUUAAUGCAUGUGCAUUAGUCCCAGAUUAUCAGUACAGGACUAAAUGCAUGUGCAUUAGUCCCAGAUUAUCAGUACAGGACUUAAUGCAUGUGCAUUAGUCCCAGAUUAUCAGUACAGGACUUAAUGCAUGUGCAUUAGUCCCAGAUUAUCAGUACAGGACUUAAUGCAUGUGCAGUAGUCCCAGAUUAUCAGUACAGGACUUAAUGCAUGUGCAGUAGUCCCAGAUUAUCAGUACAGGACUUAAUGCAUGUGCAGUAGUCCCAGAUUAUCAGUACAGGACUUAAUGCAUGUGCAUUAGUCCCAGAUUAUCAGUACAGGACUUAAUGCAUGUGCAGUAGUCCCAGAUUAUCAGUACAGGACUAAAUGCAUGUGCAGUAGUCCCAGAUUAUCAGUACAGGACUAAAUGCAUGUGCAGUAGUCCCAGAUAUUCAGUACAGGACUUAAUGCAUGUGCAGUAGUCCCAGAUUAUCAGUACAGUCCGCACAGGCCUAUCAGGGACGACACUUUCCAUGAUUCUGUUUGUUGUUUUAAGGAAUUUUUCUUAACGAAAAUCCAAUUGAGGCAAAAAGGUUUGUCACUGAUUAGUCUGCGCAGACUGCACAGGCUGAUCUGGGACGACACGUUAUGCACAUGCAUUAAGCCCGACUUUUUUAGAGUGCGGCUCAUGUUUAGCAGCUUUUGCAAAACUUGGUUAAGAUAUUGAACCAUUUGUUUUGACGUAUAUUAAUUAAAAUUGAAGCAUGACAAAUGCACAUUUUUUUGUUGUUAAAUAGCAAACAAAAACAUCUGAGAUAGUAGUUAAAACCACAUAAUAUAGUUGACAGUGAUAGCAGAAUUUGUUGUCAAGUCAUGUUUAAAUCAAAAUAAAUAUAUGUCUAUAAUUUAUUAUAUAUUGAUAAGCAAUUCACUUUGUGGUUAACAAAUAAAUAUAUUUCACCAUUUGCACUCCAAAUAAUCAGUGUUUAUGCCCCCUUGGUAGGCAUUAAGCAUUGCAUUUGUCCACCCAUCAGUUUUGUCCGUUGAUCCCAAAGCUUGGAUUUUCGCUCAAACUUUGACUGUUGAAAAAAAAGGUAUAGAUGAUCUUAAAGAAAGGAAUGUUGGAUGCUGCAAGUAAUGGAAGAAUAAUUGCCAUUUGUCAAAUUUUUAAUUUUUAAAUAUAUAAUACCAAUUUUUUUUUGUUUUCAGUUCCUCUUGAUUAUCUAGAUUUCAGUCAAUCUUUCUUAGCUGAAUGAUCUUAAUGAGAAGAUGAUCAAUAAGGACUUUAGGCUGAGACCAGGUUAAGCUUAGUUACAGCUCAUUGUCUUUUUGUAAAUUGUAGAAGUUUUACUGCGACACAUUUGAGGUUUUGUAAGACUUUGUUCUAAUAGCAAAAAAAAUACUUGUCAGGUUUACACCAUUUCUAUGUUAGCUUUCCUAGCAACUUGAAGAUUCUACAGCUAUUACCAAAGGUGCCCUUAUAUGCCAUAAAGUCAUCCCUCCAUCAAACCAUGUUUGCUUCAUGUACUUGUAGCACUUGUAGCAAACAAUUCAUUCUUGUUUCAGUGUAUUAUUACCACUUCAUUUUGAGUUGAUGCAAUCUUAUUGUAUUAAUCUGCUGCAUAAUUACAGUAUGUUGUCUCAAAGCAUAAUUGUUUUUGCUUCUGAAGCAUUUUGUUGCAUGCAUUUUAACAUGUGUUUUAACAAACCAGGGCAUAUUUUCGUUCACAUCCCCCUCCACCUGCUAGCCUAAAGUGUAUAUUUUUGCUCAAAUUUUGCAAAAUAAAAAAAUGCUUCCCUCGAAUAAAUAAUAAUACAAAAUCAUAUAUUAUUUAUUUUAGUUAAUAUCAGUAAUGCAAAUAUUUUAAUGCUUUCACAGCUGUGGAAGUGUUUAUGUAGAAUUAAGAUAUUGAUUUAAAUAUUAAACAAAUUAUUUAAUUACCUCAAGGCAAUACAUUUAAAAAUUCCCACCUUAAACGUCUCUUGCCCAAUGCCCAAGGAAACGGCCCAGACCCAAUUCCCCAAUGAGUCAGAAUAUGCCCUGCAUACUUUGGUCUUGAAAGCAAGAGGUAAAAAUGUUAAUUAUAUUUUUCAUAUUUUUGUUAUUGUUAAUUUUCAUUGUUUAAGGGCAUUAUCACUGACACAACAUGUACCUGACUGUGUAUAGACCCACUGGUUCAAAAUGAAUGUGCACUUUUGGACAAUUGGCUUUAUGCAUUACCAUAAAGUGUUGGACAAUUGGCUUUAUGCAUUACCAUAAAGUGUUGCCCCAAGUUAACCUGAGAUAUACGUACAGGGUUAUCUGGUAUGACAUGUUCCGCUGCCAUGGCAUUGUUUGUUGACUGGAAGUCUCUUUUAAAUAUAAAUCCAGCCUGGACAGACUAAUCAGAGACGAUACAUUCUAGUUAGAUUGGAUUUUCGUUUAGAAGAGACUUUCUUUGCACGAUAAACUCUUUGAAAGCGGAAACGUUAUUAAUCUAACCUAUAACUAUAAACUGGUAUUGGCACUCGAGGUCAUAGUUUGUGUUAUUGAUUAGUCCCACAGUCAUGUUGCUUUUCAGACAUUAUGUUUAAAUGCAUCCAUGCAUUAUAAUUUUUUUCGGCUGUGAUUUAUUUAAGUAAACAAUGGCAGAUUUUGUUCUUUGCUUACAGAAAAAUUGGCCCAUGUUAGAAUAAUUUUGUACAGAUAAUGCCAGUAUUGUAAAAUAGUUGUAAACAAUUAUUUAUUACCAGUUUCAUUCAGCUCUAACAUGUAUUACACAUACAGUAAUAUGUGUGUUGUUUCCAUUAUCAUCAAGAGUUCUUACCAUAAGUUUGUGCAAUUUGUUGAUCAUGUAAAUGCAAUGUCUGAACAAAUGUUUUUGGACUCAAACUGCACAUGUGUGAAUUCCAUGACAUAUGUAUUUAUAUCAAUGUAUGACUGACAAAACAAUCUUUAAAGCUUGAUUCAUGGCUGAGUCUGGUUUGUUUAUAGAAGCACCAAAUGGGCUUGUCUCUUGAAAAACUGGGCAUAAUGCAUGUGCAAAAAGAAUCGUCUCAGAUUAUAAGAAGUUUCAAAUGUCAUCCUUGAUUAGUCAGUGCAGAUUUGUUCAAUGGAAGUCUCUUCUAAAGAAUAUUCAUUUAGUCAAGGUAGAAAGUAUUGUCCCUGAUAUCCCUAUGCGCACUGCUAAUCUGGACCAAUACUUUAAGAAUAAGCAUCCAGCAUGGUUUUCCAAGAGACUGGCUACAAAAUAUAAGGCUUGGGCAUUGUUUCCUUCUCUGCACAGCUUAAAUCUGUUUUAAUUUGGAUUUUCAUUUGAAUCCCUAUUAUUUUGACUAUGCUCAUGAGCUUUUCUAAUAUAUAAUGCAACAGAAAAUUAUAUCGCAACUUAUGUGGCAAAAUCAUUGAUUAAGAAAAUCCAAAUAUGUUUUUGUUUUGGAAAAUUGAAUUGUAAUUAUUGGUACAUUUUUGGUAAAUAAAGAUAUUUUAACGACUCCUGUCUAUUUCUGACCCUUCGUUUUGUAUUUAGUAUAAAAUCUUGAAAACAAUAUAGAUGAUUGAAAUUAAGAAACCAAUACAAAUGGUUUUUAGUUAAUUUUGGGUUUUACAAACUCAUGGUCAAACACUGUGUUCCAUCAUAUUUUUGAUGUAGCUUGCAUUUCCAUCUUCAAUCUUGUACAAUUGUCCAAGUGCCUGUUGUUCAUGAACUUGUAAGUUGGUUUGGAUGUUAAUCACUGUUGUAUGUUAGAAUUUAAUGCUGGUGUUGUAGAUCAAAAAUGUAUCUAUUGGGUAAUUUUAUGUUAGUUUGUGCGAGUUUUUUUUCUCAUGCACUUGGCUUAAUGAAUUUAACAAGCAGUCUUUAUAGAUCUUGGCGUUUAUUAAUCACUACUAAAGUGUUAGUCUCAAGUGAUUUUGAAACAAGUUUAUGAUACAAGCAGUUCUUGAUGCUGGAUAUAGUUUACUAACCUGCUAAUGUGAUAUGUCUACACUUAUGGCCUUAAGCAAGAUUACACAAAAAAGGUUUCGAGUCACUGCCUCUAAUGGGUAGACAUUCUGAUGGACUUUUUAUCUAUGUUGAUCUGCAUCAUAGUUUUGAAGACAUGCAAUUUGACACAAACACAUUUUGACCAUAAUGUUCAUGCAUAAUGUUUAUAGGCCUUUGUCAAUUAUAGUUAUGGUUACAUGUUUUAUUAUCAUAAUUAUGUUAACAUGUUUUAUAAACAUAAUUAAGGAAACAUGUUCUGUAAUAAUAAUUAUGGUAACAUGUUUUGUAAUAAUAUUCAUGGAAUCAUGUUUUAUAAUCAUAAUUAUAGUUUUAUAGCUAAUUAAAAAUCUUCAGAAUUCAUUUUUUCACAAAUAUAUAUUGGCUAGGUAACACAAAAAUUACACUUUUUUAGAUGGACUUUUAACCAAAUAGUCCAAGCCAUACUACUCGCCCAAAUGUUGACAUUGGCAUAAUUCUCUGAUAAAUUAAGGUAAACAUGCAUGUUUCCAUAUCACUUGUUCUGUUACAGGUAUUCAAACUUCUCACAUGUGUUUGGCCAUAUUAUGGGGUCACUGAUCAAGUUUUUUUAACUCUGUAGUGCAAUUCAGCAGAAUAAUGCCCCUUUUUUGCAGAUUACAAUUAGGUAGAAUGAAAGUGCAACAUCUGCAUAUCAAAUGUUUUUACUAAUUUAAAAGUCCAAUUGUAACAAGUGUGUUUGGAGUUCUUGUGAUUUUCUUUACAUUGCAGAGUGUAUGUUGAUUUCAUGUUGGCAAGGAAUUUGAUAUGAUGCCAAUACCAUAUAGGAUACUGUUGAUACAAAUAUAAAAAUAAGUUUCUGCUCAAUAACUGUAGAUGGGGGUAUUUUUCUGUUAUUUUUUUAGUAGGGUACAUGCAGACAUGUUUUGGGCUUGCAUUUGGGUCGAGUGGGAUCAAAAGCAUUCUUACUAAAAAAUGCAAGUUGGACAUGUGUUACUAAAAAAAGGUCUCUGAUCAAUUACUUUAGUCUAGAUGAAGAUAUUUUGCUGUAAUUGACUGUAUAGAUAGCUUAUAUUUAAAUCUUGCUUGCAAAGUUAAUAAAGUUCACCUUUAGUAAUUGGUAAACAUUUGAAAAUCUAAUUUAUUGGCAUGGUAACAUUUCUUGUUUUAUUUAUGAAUGUACAUCUUUUAGUUUACAUAUACUUAAUACAAAACUAAUACUCAACCCUUUCCCACUCAAAGGCAAAGUGAAAAUGGCAUUGUGCAAACAGCAUAAAGCCAGAACAGCCUGCAAGUAACUCGCAGUCUGUUCAGGUUUUAUGCUGUUUGCUGCUCAUCAGUAUCUAAGUGUUGAAAAAUGAAACCAUUAAAAAUUGAGUCUAGUAAGAAAGUUAUUUAAUUAAAUGUAAAUUUCAAAGGGACUGCAAAUGCGUUAAAAUAUGUUUCUGAGUGGUAAAGCGUUAAAAUAAGUCCUUGUCUUUGUGUACAUUAGCUGACUUAACAGAAAACAUAGAUGGUACUAUAAGAGCGAAAGAAUAGUCAAGGGCGCUGUCUUGGGUCAGCUCUAUGCUUGAAAAUUAUACAAUUUUGCAUAAAUAUGCAACAAAGCAUGUUUAACAAGACAGACAAAUAACUGUGGAAUGAUGUGCAGAUGUAAAUGAUGUUCUGUUAGAAAUUUGUAAUUUGUUGUUACCUAUGAAUGUAUUUUUUACGUUUUCUUUUUACAUGUAGUUAUCAUUUUAUCUCAAUUUUACGUGUUACUGAAUUUUAUAUAAAAUCUAUAAAUCCUU